AUGGACGCCCUUAAUCUGCAUACCGCUUCUGACUAUAUAAACAAUUUACUGCUGGCACGAGGACUACUGCGCAAUGGGAAACGAAUCGACUUCGCUGAACCAGAGGAGGGGUCUGACGGGUCAGACGAUACGAUGACACAGAUAAUCAACCUGGUUCACGAUUUGGUGACUCGGAGAGAUCGCGAAGCCGAACAGCGAGAAAACCUUGCAACUACAGUCAAAAGCCUACGGAAGACAGAGGCAAAGCAGGCGCUUCAAAUAGAGCGACUAGAGAGUAAAACGGAAGACCUGUCUCGUUCGAUUGCCCUCGCAGAAGGGCAGGAAACCGCAUUCAAAACCACGAUACGGAAUGCCGACACUACCAUACGUGGCCUGAAGGAGCAAAUGCAGCGAACGAAAUCUUCGAUCCAACAGAUCCGAAGCCAAUGUGCUACAGACAUUCGCAAGAGAGAUAUCGAACUGCAGAAACUGAAAACGCACCUAACAGAUCGACAGCGUGGAAAGAGAGACGGGCUUGGUGUGGUGACGAUUACGAUACAGCCUCCACCAAAAGUGAACACCUCGAACAAGAAGACGCUCGAAGGUGGCAACAACGUGGAGGCUCCGGGAUACAGCCUCAAGCAGGAAACAACGGAGUUCCUGACAAAGCUUUGCCAGAGCCUGAGCGACGAGAAUGAUGCAUUGAUACAGCUAUCUCGGAAUACUAUCCAAACCUUGAAGGAGCUGCAAGGGUUACCGGAUGUAUGUGAUGAAGAACUAGAAGGAGUUGUUGAUAUGGAAGAGAGUGUCGAUGCUACCCUAUCUCAGCAUGAGCUGCUUUCAAAAGAAAUGGACUCCGCCCUUGAACAGCUCCGGGCCUUACUCACGAACCCCUCCUUCGUCCCCCUUGAAGAAGUCGAGAUCAGGGACUCUGAGAUUGCACGUCUACGGGAUGGAUGGGAAAAGAUGGAGACCCGGUGGCAAGAGGCUGUUUCGAUGAUGGAUGGAUGGCAUAAACGAAUAUCUCACGGAAGUGGCUCUAUGAACUUGGAUGAGCUAAGACUUGGGAUGUCGUUCACGACCGACUCUAGCAUGCAGAAGGAUGCAGGCAGCACAACCAAUGUAUCCAUCGACCCUUCAAUGGGAUCUGAUAACUCGGGCCCGUCGAGCAGAAGGGUGUCUACCGAACAUCCGGCUCGCGAGAGGCCGAAAAGACUGUUUGAUACUCAAGAUGACCGGCCACUACAGGAAUUCUCCGGGAAUGACCGAUCGAGGGCUACCAUCUUUUCAACAGAGAACAGCUUCGACGGAUCCGUAGCACAGUCUGAGAGUAUACAGGAAAAUGACGAAGCGGUGCCUGUAAAGAAGCCGGAUGCAGAUGGUGUUCGACAAAAGAGGCAGAAACUUCAAAGUAACCGCCCUGAUCCUAGACAGGCUCCAAGGGCAAAGCCAGACAAAGCGGUAGCCUCGAAACUUGCAAAAAUCGAGCAGGAGGCGCAGGCAGCAGAAGAAGAACGGAAGAAAGCUCAGAGCAAGAAGAGGACGAGCUCACGGCGAGAAGGCACAGCUUACAGGCCGAGAAAGAGAAGCAGUCUGAACAAAGAAGAGCUGCAGAGCUUGCUUAGGGCCAGACGGCUGGCAAAUAAAGGCCAGACUCGCGUUAAGCCAUGA